AUGGCUGAUUUAAAUAAAAAUAUACCAGAGCCUGUUGACUCUCCGCUAUUGAUCGGACUUCCUGAUAGGACACCUCAAGUUAAAUAUACCAAUAUGGAGGACAUCAGUUUCUUAGUAGAUAGAAGGGUUAGACUAUGUUGUUUAGACGAUUCCCAAAGCCCUUUUAUUAUAGUCGUGAAUAUACCACCUACAAUCCUUCAAGACUUUGAUACUAUCUACCCUGAUAAAGGCCCAAGGAUAUUAGCCAACCUACAAGAUAAAGUCCUUGUUAUCGAAGUCAUGGUCACAAAGGCGCAUGAGAUCGCAGCUCGCAUGCUAGAAAUGUGUAUCGAAAGACAGCUCGAGAAGAUGAACCUGGAGUAUGAAAUCCUUGCCUCGGGAGCAGGACGAGCAACAAGCAGCACCUUUGUGAAAGAACCUGAUGGUAGCUUCACGCUACAACAUCACGACUGGCCGAUCCUAGCGAUAGAGUCCGGAGUAUAUGAGUCCGAAACUAAAUUAAAAAUGGAUGCCAGAGGGUGGUUGGAGUCCGCAAGCUCGGAAACAAAAAUUGUUAUAACGAUAAAAAUCGAUCGACAUUCCCCCCAAAUCGAUUUCAAAAAAUGGGAACACUCCAUAUCAACACCAAACAGAACCACUCGUUCCUCGCACCAGCCAGCAGAAGUCACAGAAGCUAUCCACGCAAGAUAUUAUAAUGAUGUCACUGAUAUUACAGGCGACAUGACCAUACAAUUCGAAAAGAUCGCCGGAAGAAAACCCAACAAUGCCAACGAGCACGACAUUGUUAUCACGAAAUCCGAUUUUGAAUCUAUAUCAAAGAUGGUAUGGUUGGGACAGAAGUUUCUGUAA